AUGGAUUCGAGUAAAUCUGAUUAUUUUCAAUACAAAGCUGCCCAGUUAUCAAAUAAAGGAAAUAUUCUAAAGAGUGUUAAUUCUCAAGAGCAGGGUAGUAAUCAGGAAAUUGAGUCAGGUUUCUCAUCAAGAUCAUGCAACAACAAAGAUUUGACUAAUAUACCAUCAACAUCCUUUGCUCCAUCGUCACAUUUGGACAAUCUGGAAAAUGUACCUGCUUACCAAUUGGAGUGUGGCAAUGAGUCCGAUCCCACUAUUAAGGAGUUCCUGCUGUUCCUGGAGAAGCGAGCCUUGGCCCUGGAGAAGGCAGAACCUACUACUACUACCAAGACUCACUAUAAGCCGGUGGUGAAUGUCACUACACCUGCAGCUCUUUCAUGUGCUUAUUGUAUCACAGACAACGAAGAACCAGAUACAGAAAGUUUAUAUUUAAAUGCUGAAAACCACACAACAAAUGAAAAUGAAAAUUUACAUAGGGAAAAGAUAAUUGCCAUAGAUGAAAUGUUUGCUAAAGCUUUAGAAUAUUUUGCUAAUACAAACCCAACAGAAAGACAGUUUAUACCAAAGCAGAGGUCAUCAAAGAAAUUGAGUAAAAUAGUUGCCUAUGUAAACAAUAUUUUAUUGCCACAAUAUAUCAACAGCGAAAUUGAAUUUAAAACAUUUCAGAAUUUAGUGUACUGUGCAGCAUGGACUUCAGCUAAGCUCAACGGAGCAAAAAUUGAAAUAGCUAUACAAGUUGAUAAUCCGUUAGGACCAGAGAAACAAAAGAAAUAUAAUAAGCCAAAGUGGGAACAAAGAUUAGAAAACAAAAAAAGAAGUGCUGUAUCAGUGGCCCCAACAAAAGAAGUUCGAAGAGAUGAGCUAGAUCAUUGGCCUUUGGUAAGGGGAUCUUUGUGA